AUGACUGACGCCCUCCGCCUUCCACCUGCGCGAUUUCCGCCUCUUCGGCAGGCCCGAGGCACGGUGCUUAAUACUAUAAUGGAAGAUACUCGCGAGUCCCAGUUUUCAGAAAAGGGCGCCGGUAGCCCAUCACGACUCAAACCAACCCUGGCCAGCCCCAAGUUGACACUCAAGACCAGUGGACUAUCAGUACCGACUCAUGCCCGACUGGCCCGGUUGAUGUCGCCACUGUCGGCAGGGACGACCUCUUCAUGUUCGGACCAUGAAUGGCAGCAACAGAUGCAACCUUUUGACGAUCUGUACGAUGCCACGGAUGACGAUGACAUGGACGAUGACAAUUCCACUGAGAUUAGUGACUCUUGUUUCUCGGCGCCGGGCACUCAGCGCUCUAGCUUGGUGACACCAAUCACGAGGAAUUCGGUCACUUCGACGGGCAGUCGUGGCAGUCGCAAAAGUAGAGGUGGGCUAACCCUCGACAUUCCUUCGUCCACGAAUUGGCCCUCCCUCUCUGGCACCUGCAAGAGUUCGCCCAUCCCGCCGACUCCUCCGUCCACGAUCCCAGUCUCUCCUGCGGCGCUCUCCAUGCUCGGUCGAUCGGUCCCGGCACCCUAUGCACCACCCUCUCUCGAUGGGGAUAUCUCCUCCGACCAGGAAUCUAAUCUCAGUGCCCUGGCCACUCCAGACACCCAUUCGCUUCCUGAUACGAACUGGGAUGCACAAGGUGUCCACGUCCGGCCCGAUCUCGAUGGGAGUGAUGCGGAGGAUCUGGGCAGUCACGAAAGCAAUGCAGACCUCCAAGCGGUCUCUUUUUCCAUUGAGAGUCCACAGAGCGACUGGCGCAAUGUCCUCGGACGGUUUCCCUCGCUUCCCACGGCUUUGCAGAAUACUUCGACAUCCUCGUUAGGAUAUGAGAAUGAAAUGUAUUCCGAAGAGCCGCCUCGGGAAUCCACUCCUUCAGAUCAAGGGCUAUAUCUGCCGGAUGGUGCUUUGGCAAUGCUGCAGCAUAUUCCGUUGGAUCGCACGCCCGAAUCCUGGUCCGAGACCUCGGAGGACGAUGAGAUGUGGCAACUCCAACCUGCUCCACGAAGUCGCCCACGAAGUGCCGAUGGAGUCACUCCUGCUUCGGAAUUGUCCGGGUAUAGCUUCAGCGAGCUGAGCAUCCCAUCGCCCGGCGGCUUCUUUGCUUCGUUGGCACCGCGCGCUCGUCACACAUGGUCGAUUCCGGCUGACAAUCUCCCACCAACGACCGCCGUGGCUGAGGGCUUCUAUGAUCUCCCUUUCUCUCGAGAUCAAGGAGAGGUCGUCGAGCAGGUCAUCGAAUGGCCUGACCGCGUACAAGAGGAUGAUCCCGACACUGCGAUCCGUGACGAGGAUGGCCCGCCUACAGCCAUUCGAGUUCCAUGCGACACGCCUACUCGACCCCUCACGCGCCAGGACACCCACAGUCCAACGAGUGCCACCUUUGAGGCCGUUCAGGAGAUCACUCAACCCAGUAACGUGUACGAGUAUGAUGAGCUGUAUGACAAUGAGCUGCAGGAACGUGCUGCCGCAAGUCUCGACCGGACCAGCGUGUGGCUCUCAGCCCAAGCAACUUACCUCUCCGCAUUGAAUGAGACCAAUCCCAUCAACGAGAUUGAUUCAAAGGCGAACUCUGAUGCUGGCGAGAAGUCACCCACUCAAGAGGAGGACGUUGAUGCAGCACCAAAGAAGGCCGUUCGAUUUGCCGAGGGUGUCCCCGAAUCUCUCAGUCCACGUCCACCAUUGUCAGCCAGCAAGGACUCCAUCUACUGGCGUGGGUUCCAGUCAAUCCGACAACGGUCCAGUUCAGCUGACGGCUUCCUUCACCGCAACAUGCGCUUCGAUGCGAUUCAGUCCUUCCGGCUGGGUUUGGUGGAUAUGCACCUCAAUAGCCUGAUGGGUAAAUACGAGCUCGUCCGCCCAGAGAGACCCGCAUACAAGGGUCCCUUCUCCCAGGCGCCCCGCAACUCAAUCAUCACAUCCGUCUUGGCCGAGAAAGCGCAGUUCGCCAAGCUUGAGAAGGAGCAGCUUGUCCUUGCCCAGCUCUGUCAACCCAUGUGGGCCAUGGACGCACUCCGAUGUCUAAACGGUGGCAAGAUGCUGACGAGCCCGGUUGAGAAGCGAGCUAGGCGAACCCGCAAAACUCCCCAAAGUCAAGAUGAACAGAAGCCACGUUCAGUACGCAUUCUCGAUCUCGGCGGCCAUGCCUCUUGUGAAUGGGGCUGGCACGCAGCGCAAGAGUUCCCGCAUACAAAGGUCUACUCGGUCGUCAAUCAGACGCAGACUGUCAACAGCGCCAUCAAGGGUCCACCCAACCACCGCGUGGUUUCGGUUGAACGCCUUUGGGAGCUGCCGUUUGGCAAUAACAAGUUCGAUGUUAUCACCACGCGCUCCUUGCAUGCUCUAUUGAAGACCGAAUGUCCGAACGGGUUUGAUCGGGAUGAAUACGACUUGGUGCUGAAGGAGUGUCGCCGUUGUCUCAAACCUGGUGGGUAUCUGGAGUUCAUGGUUCUGGAUGCAGAGAUCUCUCGCGCGGGUUCGUAUGCCUCGGCGUCUUCUGUUGAGUUUGUAUUCAAUCUUCGCACGCGUGGAUACGAUCCCGUCGCCUCCAAGACCUUCCUCGCUCGUCUGCGCCAGAGUGGCUACGUCAAUAUCAAGCGUGCCUGGAUGUUCCUACCCAUGGGCAUUGAACCCGCCCAACCACAGCCGAUCAGGGAAACACCAGCACCACGGGUCCCGAGUGGAAUUGAGGAGUACGAGGCCGUGCAGGGGCCGAUUGGCAGCACGGGCGACAUUGCCAGUAUCACGGGGAUUCUGGGUGGCUGGAUGUGGGAGCAGUGGCUGGUCCGCUUGCGGACUGAGAUGGGUCAUGACCGAAGCAAGUUGCUGGAUGGAGUAGGAGCAGUGUUUGAUGAAGGGAGGAAGAACGGAGCAGGCUGGACCUGCUUGUCCGGAUGGGCGAUGAAGCCGAAGCGCGUGAAACAGAUGGUUCAGCACCGGAGAGCCGGGUCGGCCUGA